UCGAUGGUUAUAUAACAUCGAUGCAUAUCCGAGAUUUAAAACCCUCGAGCUUUCUAAUCCAACAAACCCUAAACCCUUCCCUUCUACUCGUGCUCCCCGAACCCUAACCUUCAACAAUGGCGGAAGCCCCCACUGGAGACUUCCCGCCGGCCUACUCGCCUCCGCCAUCGGAGGUUCCUUUCACUCCCCCGGAGAUCGAGGAUGAAGGUGUCGCCGCUGAGGAGGAAGCGUUUGGCGAGCACGCAACUGAAGAGGAAGCUCCUGCGGAGGCGUCUCCAGAUCUCACCUCGACCUUGGAGGAAGGACCGGUGAAAGUUAAGUGGCCUGGUUGGCCUGGGGAUAAUGUGUUCCGGCUGAUCAUUCCGGUGGCGAAGGUUGGAUGUAUCAUUGGGCGCAAAGGCGAGCUCGUCAAGAAGAUCUGCGAGGAGACCCGCGCCUCUGUCCGUGUUCUUGAUGGCCCCGUUGGCAUUUCUGAUCGUAUCGUGCUAGUUAGUGGAAAAGAAGAACCAGAUCUAGAAGUUUCUCCAGCAAUGAAUGCUGUCCUUCGAGUCUUUAACCGCAUCCAUGAUACAGUGGAAAAUGCUAUCGAUACAUCAGAUGAAACAUCUACUGCCAUUUCUUCUAUUCGAUUAUUGGUGCCAUCAUCACAAGCCUUUAGUUUGAUUGGCAAGCAAGGGAGCUUGAUUAAGUCAAUUCAGGAAAAUUCAGGUGCCUCUGUACGAGUGUUACCGAGAGAUGUACUACCACUUUAUGCAGCUGCCGAUGAAAAGGUUGUAGAUAUACAUGGUGAAUUUUUAAAGGUUCAUACCGCUCUUGAAGCGGUAGUUGGACAUUUGCGAAAAUUUUUGGUUGAUCAUGGUGUGCUCCCCCUAUUUGAAAAAAAUUUGAAGAUGCAGCUGAGCCAAGAUCAUCCGGUGGACACAUGGGGCGAUAAAACACAGUCCUCGGGCUACAGUAUUCAGCAAACAAUGAUGGGUGAUGAUUAUCCUGCUCCAAUGAAGCGGGCUUCUUUAUUUAUUGAUCAUGAUUCUCAUUUGGAAUCACAAAUUUCACGUAGUUCUUUGUCAUUAUAUGGUCCAGAACCUGCUGUUUCUGGAUUACGUUCUCCUGGACUUGGCCGUGCUCCUGCUGCAAUAAUCAGUCAGAUGACAAAAAAAAUGCAGAUUCCACUUCUGUAUGCUGAAGCCAUUAUUGGUAUUGAAGGGAAAAGGAUUUCAUACAUACGUCGAGCUAGUGGAGCAGAGCUCACAAUAAGGGAGAGCAUUACCUCUUCGGAUGAGAUAACAGUUGAGAUCAAGGGCACUUCUCAAGAGGUUCAGGCAGCUGAACUGCUCAUUCAGGAAUUUAUUUCGGGCUACAGAGAACCAGAGCCUGGUCGUUAUCUUGAUGCAGGCCCAAGAACAUACGCUCAGAUGCCAAGUUCUGGCUACUAUCCAUCUCAACCAUAUGGUAGAUAUGAGUCGUCUGAUGUAGGAGGAUAUCACAAUUACAGGUUCUAACCGAGAAUUGUUGCUGUUCUUGCAUCGCUUCUCACCUUUACCCUAAGGCACUUGUGCCUCUUGUCAGGGAUCUGUGGGAACAAUGUUGUGUUUUUAGGUUAUGUGAAAAUUAGUGAAUGGCUAUCAUGUUCACAUUUUUUAAAACUAUUACUAACUUUUUUGUGCGAACUGUAAGUUGAAGUAAUUUGUUUGACAUUGGUGGAAUGUUAAUGAUUUCUAAUGCAAUGCUCAUUCUUCAAUGUUGCU